CAUUAUAAAGCCGCCGCUUCCUCCGUCUCUUUCCACCUUCAGCCAUUUUGACCAUGUUAGGAGCUGUGGGACGCUGCUGCACCGGGGCUCUGCAGGCUCUCAGGCCUGGAGCCCAGCCCCUCAAGGCCCUCGUCGGUUCUCCGGCUGUGCUUUCACGCAGAAACUAUGUUGCCCCCGCUGCCGCUGCCAUUGUCGCCACAGGUCGCAUCGUGGCUGUCAUCGGUGCUGUUGUCGACGUCCAGUUCGACGAAGGCCUCCCUCCCAUUCUCAAUGCCCUAGAGGUGGCUGGCCGUGACUCCAGACUUGUCCUGGAAGUUGCUCAGCAUCUGGGGGAGAGCACAGUACGUACCAUUGCUAUGGAUGGAACUGAAGGUCUGGUCCGUGGACAGAAAGUUCUGGACACCGGUGCCCCCAUCAGAAUCCCUGUGGGCCCUGAGACCCUGGGUAGGAUUAUGAAUGUCAUUGGUGAGCCCAUUGAUGAGAGGGGUCCCAUCUCAACCAAGCAAACUGCACCCAUCCAUGCAGAGGCCCCUGAAUUCACUGACAUGAGUGUGGAGCAGGAGAUUCUGGUUACUGGCAUUAAGGUUGUGGAUCUGUUGGCCCCCUAUGCCAAGGGAGGAAAGAUCGGUCUGUUUGGUGGUGCUGGUGUAGGAAAGACUGUGUUGAUCAUGGAGCUGAUCAACAACGUGGCAAAGGCCCAUGGUGGUUACUCAGUGUUCGCUGGUGUCGGAGAACGAACCCGUGAAGGAAACGACUUGUAUCAUGAAAUGAUUGAGUCUGGUGUCAUCAACCUGAAGGACACCACUUCAAAGGUGGCACUGGUGUACGGACAGAUGAACGAGCCCCCUGGUGCUCGUGCCAGAGUGGCUUUGACUGGACUGACUGUGGCUGAGUACUUCCGUGACCAGGAGGGUCAGAAUGUGCUGCUCUUCAUUGACAACAUCUUCCGUUUCACACAGGCUGGAUCUGAGGUGUCUGCCCUUCUGGGUCGUAUCCCCUCAGCUGUGGGUUACCAGCCCACCCUGGCCACUGACAUGGGUACCAUGCAGGAGAGAAUCACCACCACCAAGAAGGGAUCCAUCACAUCUGUGCAGGCUAUUUAUGUGCCUGCUGACGAUCUGACUGAUCCUGCCCCUGCCACCACAUUCGCUCAUUUGGACGCCACCACUGUGUUGUCCCGUGCCAUCGCUGAGUUGGGUAUUUACCCCGCUGUGGACCCUCUGGACUCCACCUCUCGUAUCAUGGACCCCAACAUUGUUGGAGCAGAGCACUACGAUGUGGCCCGUGGUGUGCAGAAAAUCCUCCAGGACUACAAAUCACUUCAGGACAUCAUUGCUAUCCUGGGUAUGGAUGAGUUGUCUGAGGAGGACAAGCUAACUGUGUCCCGUGCUAGAAAGAUCCAGCGUUUUCUGUCCCAGCCCUUCCAGGUGGCCGAGGUCUUUACUGGACAUUUGGGAAAACUGGUGCCUCUGAAGGAAACCAUCAAGGGCUUCAAGAGCAUCCUGGGGGGUGAGUACGACUCAUUGCCUGAGCAGGCCUUCUACAUGGUGGGUCCCAUUGAGGAAGUUGUUCAGAAGGCUGAGAAGUUGGCUGAGGAGCACUCUUAAAAAAUCUGUACUGUUGUAGAGAAGGAGCUGCGUUCUGGAGUUAGGAGCACUUGGUUUGUAAAACAUGUCAAAAUGCAAAUGUAUCUGUCCUGUCAUCAUAAACAAAGUUCUAUUUAAUGUUGGAAAAUCAAACAUGGAAUAAAACACUGUCUUUCCACAAAAGCUCUUUGGUCCAAUUGUAUAUUUCCUUUUAGGCUCUGAUAUCUGCUAAAGUAUUGUUUUGGUUUGUUUGAAUUUGAAAUGAUGGAUAUUCUGACCAGUAUGUGGCUGAGCCAUGGUGAGAUGCCUGGACUUUGUUUCAGCUGAAAUAAAACAAUGGACAAAUACAG